AUGUACGAAAAAGACAUCUUUUAUUCUACGAAUAAAAAAUGUACUUGCAUUGAUAAUUAUUAUCCGUCGGAUGGUCGUUGUGAUUUGGGAUUCGUCACAAUCUGCUCACGAACGACACCAUGCUCUAAUCCCAUUUUUGACUGCAUUAAUAAUAUGUGUCAAUGCAAGGCUAAUUAUAUGUUGAGGAACUUGCGAUGCUUGUCAAUGAACUUGGGCAGUUUCUGUUACACAAACGCGGAUUGUGAUGCGAUAGACUUCGCAAAGUGUUCGAAUAAUCAGAAAUGUAUCUGCAGAAACAAUUAUAAGGAAAAAAAUGGCAAUUGUAUCCCGUUUUUAGGAGAGCCUUGCUCAAUGAACAAAGAUUGUCUACCGCUGAAUUCUCUCUGUAUUGAUUAUAAAUGUUCGUGUGAUGAUAAUUUUUCUAAAAAGUUAAACAACAGUUGUUUCCCGACGAAAUUAGAAUUUAGCUGUGAUAAGGACGAGUAUUGUUUUUUGAUACCCAACGCGAAAUGCUCUUUUUGGCAAUGCGUUUGUAAAAAAGGAUACACGAGGCAAAAUGCCACCUGUGCACCUCUUUUAGGAAGUUCUUGCUCAAGUAAUGAAGUAUGUGCUGUUGCCAAUUCCGUGUGUAUCGAUGACAUUUGUCAGUGUGAUGUCAAUUAUGUGGAGCAAUCUGAUAAUUAUUGCAUGCUUGUCACUCUCAGAAAAACUUGUAAAAACAACAACAUUUGCCCUGCUUUUUCGAACUGCUCAGCGAAAAAGCUAUGCGAAUGCGAAUUAAAUUACGGUGCAAAAAACGACAGUGUGUGCGCACCACUUCUAAAUCAAUCUUGCUCAACAUUGUGUAUAGCUGACCAUUCAAUUUGUUUAGAUGGCAUCUGUGAAUGUGAAAUAAAUUACGUCGCUCAUUCAGGCACUAUUUGCAAACUUGGUCCAUAA